AAGCAGAUUCUCGUGAGCUCUGACUGAGUCAACACUACCUAGACUCGCCUCUGUUUCCAGAAGUAUUCUCCCGUGAAGCCUUGCUCACCGCUCGCUUUGGGGGACCUGAGCCAGUCUCCUGGCAGCCGUGUCUAGCCAGCCUUUGGAUGAACCGCCAUACCACUCGCGCUUGGUAGUGGUUCUGCAUCUACCUCUUGUUUAAAUCCUGGUCACCGCUGGAUACCGCUCUGCCUUUUCUCCACUCCUACACCCUGCUCCAUUCCUCGUCCUCUCCUUGGGGUCCUGUACUCGUGUGCUGCCCGAGACGGCCGUGUGUGAAGUGGAUGGGCGUGGUACCAGCGCUAUAACUACCUCUCUAAAGGGCGUCCAACGUCCAUAUAGUUCGUGUGUGAAGGAGUGCUCCACUUUCAUUAAAGUGGUACUUGGUUUUCUCCACUCUCUGCAGCUCUGGUAAAGGAGGAGACCACAUCCCUGGUUUUUAAUGGAAGCAGUGUUCAUUUUCAUCACAUGAGUUACCUGCCUCAAGCUUUCACAAGUGGCGACCCUGCCAGGAUUGUGUUUUCUCAACCCUCUGUUGAGUAUGUGAAGUGCUAACGGUCAUUGUUGGGGGACAGGUAGUGUUACCUUCCCCAGCUCAUUAUCCAAGGCUCGGACGUGAGUAUUUUUUGACUGUUGGUUUGUGAGGGCUUGUUUCUAAUCAGUUGAGUUUUCUCCUCUGACGUAUGUAUUUUUUUCUAUUGUUUCAUUGGGCGUCCUUUAAUCACGGAUUAUUGUUUCCUUAGCUGUGUUUUCUUGUGUCCUUGUCUUCUAUCAAGGAGCUAGUUGAGUUGGGAAGAGAUUGGACUAAGAGUGACGAGCUACGCGAGUUUUUUUGUUUCUACUCGGCAAGCGUUGCAACAAGACGAACAACGAAAGGAACGAGAGUGAAGAGAGGAAAGAGGAGGAAAAGGAAACAUGCCCUUGCCAUGUCCAAGCUGUCACUGCAAGAACAAGGAACAAACUGAGAUCCAGUGAUCUUGCCUGGGGAUUGUGGGACUGUUCCCCGACCUUCUCUACCAGUAUCAAGGAGAUGAUCUGACAUCUUACUUCACACGUAUUGAACGCAUUGCUGCCCUGCUCACCAUUCCUCAGGACAACUAUGCCAUUCAACUGGGUGGUCUUCUCUGGUAAGCUAGCAGAAAUCUACACUACCUUGGCUGAUGACUUAAUUUGUGACUACCCUAAACUUAAAUCUUCUCUCCUUAUAAGCUUCAGUCAGUCCGCUGAGCACUAUCGCCACAUGUUCGUUCUGUCCGGAUCAAACCUGGUGAGACAUUCCAGCAGUUUGCCACUCAACUUGGUAGCUAUUUUGAUAACUGGUUACACUUGUGACGUGGUGGGGGAAGGUUUUCAUAAAUUCGGAUCUUUUGUAAUUAUGGACCAGUUUCUUGCCUCGUUAUAUCUCCAGAUAUAACAACCUUCUUAAAAGAAAACGACGUGCAGACCUUGUACGAUGCUGUCAAACGUGCAGAUAUUUGGGCAGCUGCCCAUCGUGCUUACCCGAAACACACCCCCAGCUGUCGCCUACAUCUCCAACUACUACCAACCAAGCUUCUCGCCAAUCUCCUCCACCGGCCAGGAAGUCUUCCACACCCGUCAGGUGUCACAAUUGUGGGGAGCCAGGACACAUUCGACCUCUGUCCCCAAAGCCAGUUUUGUUCAGGACUGGUAGCACUCCUCAACCAUACACAUAAGGUGGGUUUCUGCUUCAGUGAUCCUACUACUAAUAUCUACUUUUCUUCUGGCACCAUCAAUGGAGCUAGAGUAUUUACUAUCGUACGUGACACUGGCUGUUCCUGUGCUUCCUUGUAUCUGAGGAAGCCUUACCCGAUGUAGACGUCUUCCAGUGUCCUAAAGUUUUCUGACUAUUUAGGAAGAAUGGACGCCUUCCCUCAGAUACGAUGCCACCUAAGCUGUCCCUUCUACAAAGAUUAUGUUGAUGCUGUUCGUGCUCCAAUCAAGUUCUGUAGUGUUCUGGUUGGUAAUGUGGAAGUGAGCAUACCAGACGAGAACAUGAAAAAGGCAUUCUUCACCUGUGCCUGAGAAGGUUCAAGCAGUUGAAACUCGGGAGCCGCGCGGCACGAAGAAUUCCUCCCUUUGUGCUAUCAGAACUCCAACCUGUUAACAUUACUCCCCGGGAAUUUUCUCGGCUGCAGAAUUCGUGUUCCUCCCUUCAGGCUCUCCGUCGUAAGGCAUCAACUGGUGAAGAAGAGGUAACUCGCAGUGGUUCGAAGGUUUCCUACGAGUUGUCUGAUAAACUACUCUACCGAGUGUGCCGUUCUUCUAGCAACCAAGAACAAGUGGGAAAGACGUUGGUCAUCCCUGCUGAGUGUCUUUGCCUGGUCCUGUCUCUUGCCCAUGAGGGUCCAAUGUUAGGACACUUCUCCCACGAGAAACUAGAGGUAAGGUUUACCACCACUUCAAUUGGCCUGGGGUAGGAGCUGACAUCACAGCUUUUUGUAAGUCUUGUGAUAAAUGUCAACGUAUGUCAGCAAAAGGAAGAGUGCGCCCUGUACCUUUACGGCCUCUACCUAUCAUCACUGAACCGUUCUCAAGAGUGGCUAUUGACCUCGUGGGUCCCUUGUCUCCAUCUGAAGGCCAUCGUUAUCUCCUAACUUUAAAUGAUUUUGCAACCGGAUUCCCAGAAGCCUUACCUCUCUGAGAAAUAACCUCUAUUGCUAUUGCAGAAGCAUUGUUGUCCAUCUUCUCCAGGGUUGGCAUCCCUCGAGAAUUGCUCUCGGACCGUGGGAUGCAGUUCACGUCACAACUGAUGGGUGAGCUCCAUAAGCUUCUGGGAGUAAAACCGCUCUUCACCACACCUUACCAUCCAAGUGGUAACGGAAGAGUGGAAAGGUUCCACUCCACUCUGAAGGCAUGCCUCCGGAAACUGCUCUGAAAAACCGCGCGUGAGUGGCACCGUUAUCUCCCUGCCACCUUCUUCGCUUUGAGGGAGAUGCCAAGUGACAGGACCGGAUUCUCGUCUUUUGAGCUUCUUAACGGUAAGGCAGUUAGAGGACCUCUUGCAGUUCUACGGGAUUUGUGGGAGGAUAAAUCACUCGCAGAUGAUGAUCGUUCCUGUUUUCUAAUAGAGCUGAAAGACAAAUUGGCUGAAUCCUCCCGGAUUGCUGCCGAGGCUGACAUCAGUGCUACUCGGUAUAAAGCAUAUUUUGACUUGAAAUCACAGGAUCGAAAGUUCAAACCUGGAGAAGAAGUCCUGGUGCUCCUGUCUGACACUACCAACAAGCUCCUGAUGGCCUGGGCUGGCCCAUAUGCCGUACUUGAAAAGGGAUCCAGCUGUAACUACCUGAUUGAUGAAAACGAGGCUGAUACCAACUUGAACGUCUCACCGCUUGAGGAAGGGGCUACAGAACCUCCAGAUCUCCUUCCGGUAUCGCCUGACGGCUGCGGAGAUGUAGAAGAGAUGGACACUCCUAGUUCUCACCAGGGAUCAUCCAGCCAUCUUUAUCUCCUCAUUGCUCCCCAGUUGUUAUGGUAAGGAAAUCGACAGGCAGCUAUCGUAUAGCCAUCGACUAUAGUUCUGAAUGCAGUUUU